AAUAAUCACAACUCCAGCCAUGCACGGAAAGGUCAUCUUCUACGAGGACAGGAAAUUUCAGGGUCGCUCUUAUGAGUGCAUGAGCGACUGUGCUGACAUGUCCUCCUACUUGAGCCGUUGUCACUCUUGCAGAAUAGAGAGCGGCUGCUUCAUGAUGUACGACCGACCCAACUACAUGGGAAAUCAGUAUUUCUUUAGAAAGGGAGAUUAUGCUGAUUACAUGUCAAUGUUUGGAAUGAAUGAUUGCAUCAGAUCUUGCCGAAUGAUUCCCAUGCACAGGGGAUCCUACAGACUCAAGAUCUACGAGAGAGAGAACUUUGGAGGUCAGAUGUACGAGCUCAUGGAUGACUGUGAUAACAUCAUGGACCGUUACCGCAUGUCUCACUGCCAGUCCUGCCAUGUGAUGGAUGGCCACUGGCUCAUGUAUGAGCAGCCCCAAUACAGAGGCAGGAUGAUGUACUUGAGGCCUGGAGAGUACAGGAGCUUCAGAGAAAUGGGUGGCACGAGAUUUAUGAGCAUGAGGCGUAUCAUAGACUCUAUGUACUAAGAUUCAAAAUUUUCAAUAAAAUGACUUCUAUUCAACAUUA